AUCUCCGCCCCGGCUGGCGGGACGUGAGCGCUCCGGGCUCGGCGGGGCUCGGCUAGCGCCGGCUCCUGCCCUCUACAGCCGGGCUGGCCGGGGCGGGGAGCCGCGGCAGCGAAGAGGCGCCCGACGAGACCCCGGCCAGGGACGAAGUGGGAGGAACAAGUUUCUGUGAAAAUGAAUAAUGCAGGGGAAGCUGCAGGGUUUGCUAUGAAGAGGAGAAUAAGUGACUGAAAGAAAGCGAUGUGAAAAGAAUGGUAAGCUGUGUCCCAUGACGACCUCACCCGCUAUGUUCUACGGAUCUUCGUCCGCCAUGUCCUCACCUUCCAAAAACAAGCUUAAGCGUCAGAGCCGGAUAUUCUCUCAGGUCUUGUACCGGACGCUGAGCCACAAAGACCGCAGCUCGGUGUCGGCUUUCCCCCUUGCAAGCAGCGAUGACCCAGCUGAACUUUCCACUCAGGUUUCAGCCCCUGGGGUCCUGAAGAUAUUUGGGGGCAACAUCUGUGCGGGCACCAACUACAAGAGUGUCCUUGCCACGGGGAGCUCAAGUGCGCGGGAGCUGGUGAAGGAGGCAUUGGAGCGCUAUGGGCUGAGCAAGGUGGACGCUGGCCUCUAUGUGCUGUGUGAUGUCAUUGGGAUGUUCAGCGGCUCUGAGAAGCAGUGGCAAACGGAAGGGUUGCGAGUCCUCGGUGAUAAUGAGAAGCCCCUUCUGAUUCAGGACCUAUGGAAGCCCAAGGAAGGGUUCUCCCGGCGUCUGGAGCUACGGAAGAGAUCUGAGGUGGAGGAGCUGGCCGCGAGGGACGUAGACACGAUCACGGCAGGCAUUAAUGCCCAGGCUCGGAAGCUGCAGAGGAACCGUGCGAAGGGCACCAUGACCCUGCUGACGGGAUGCAAGCGACACUCCACGCCACCAACCCUCCGACGCAGCGUGAGUGAGACCAGCCUCAGUCAUGUGGGCUCUCUGGAGGAGGAGGAGCAGCUCAAGAGACAUUACUCCACGCUGCCCGAGACCAUCCGCGGCCUGGAGAGCUCGAGGGAUGGGCAGCAGGCCCCCACGGCAGAGCGGAAUGGCAGCAGUGUGCGGUACUCCCUCUACCAGUCCCCUCACCUCCUACUCCUGCAGGGCUACAGUUACCAGCAUGAUAGCUUGGUUUACCUGCUGAACCGCGAGCAGCACACGGUGGGCCAGAGGACUCAGUCCAGCAAGCCCAGCAUCAGCCUCUUCGCCCCGGACAUCCUGCCCCUUCACUGCACCAUCAGGAGGCUCAGGCUGUCGAGCCGCUCCCAACACCAUUCGGAGGAGAAGCUGAUCCUUGAGCUCAUCCCGGGGGCCAGUGUGUCCAUCAACUUCUCUGAAGUGGUAAGGACGAUCGUGCUGCACCACGGAGACCUCCUGUCCCUGGGGCUUUACUACCUGCUUCUCUACAAGGACCCCACGAGGGCCCAGCCGCUGCCUGCACAGACACUGAUGAGGCUGAGAUCUAUGCAUCGAGCCUCGGACCCCGAGGCACCCGUGACCUGUAAGAUGUGUGGCCGCCAGCUCAAGGAGAGGGGCCCCUCCUCCAAGAAGCACGGGCCCUCCCCCGCCGCAGGCCAAAGAUCAGCCAGGAAGAGGCUGCAGCUGGAGUUUGAGCGAGCUGCCGAGGACGUGCUGGUGAGACGGAUCGUGACCUUGAUCGAGCCUGGGGGUGACGAUCACAAGUUGACACCGGCUUUCCUGUUGUGCCUCUGCAUCCAGCACUCCGCCACCAGCUUCGAGCCGGGCGACUUCAGCCAGCUGCUGCUCAAGUCCGCCAAGAUGAUUCAGAGGACAGUGUGGGAGAAAACGAAAGAACUGGCUGAGAAGCAGUCCCAGCAUCAGGAUCCUGGAUCCCUGUCCCGCUUCACCAUCACAGACCUGGUCCCGGACCUGCAGCACAUUCUCUUCUGGAUGUCCAACUCCAUCGAGCUCCUGUACUUUAUCCAGCAGAAAUCCCCCAUCUACAUCCAGAGCCUGGAGGAGGAGCUGGAUGUCAAGGGUUCUAAGGAGUCUCUGUUCUCUUCAACCAUCACAGCCAGUGAGGAAGCCAUGACAGUCCUAGAGGAAGUGAUCAUGUAUACUUUUCAGCAGUGCGUCUACUAUAUCUCCAAGUCUCUGUAUGUAUCUCUACCUGCCCUCCUGGAGUGUAACCCCUUCCAGAGUGAGGGCCAGGAAGGUUGGCGGGCAUCAUCCCAGUUGCCUGAAGAAAUACGUAGAGUUGUGUUGAUCUACCAGGCUACGCUGGACCUGCUCCACCAGUAUGAAGUGCACCCUGAAAUAGCCUCCCAGAUGUUUGCCUACCUCUUCUUCUUCUCCAACACUCUGCUCUUCAACCAGCUCAUGGACAAAGGCUGCUUCCACUGGUCGAAAGGAGUGAAGAUCCGCGCCGGCCUGCGGCUCCUCCUGGAGUGGAUGCGGGGCAUGGGCUUCGGGCACCUGGCCGAGCAGUUCUUCAGCAAGCUUUCCAGCGUGGCUCACCUGCUGGCCAUGCCGAGCACCCAGCUGGCACAGAUGACCUGGCCAUUGCUGAGAGCCGAGUUCCCCGCCCUGAGCCCUGCUCAGCUCCAUCACAUCCUGACUCAGUCCCAGGCAGCGUCCGAGGUGCGGUGUGUCGCGGCCUGGCAGGAGGACAGCCCUGCAGCCUUCAAGACAGACGAAGUGCUAGAGUCCUUUGAUAACCACCCGCCCAUCGUCCUGCCAAGUGGAGGAUUUAAGGUGGACUUGGAGGUGGAGACGCUGGACGAUAACGUGUACCGGCAUCUCCUGUACAUCCGUCACUUCCUGUGGAGUCUGCGGAGCAAGAGCCCCCACGCCGGUGACUUGCUGGAGUUGGAGCCCGUGAAGAAAGACGUUCCCACCAGCCAAAAUGCCCCCGAGGUGCCCGAGAACACACUCACCUUGCCAGCCCUGGGGAAUUCCUUUGGCCAGUCGGAUUACAGACACCCAGGUAGCUGUGUGGAGGCAGAGGCUGCUGGGAGCCCUCCGCUCCCCACAGACAUGAGCCGAUCCCCCCGAGACUAUUACACCAGUGAGCCACAGCGCCAAGAAAAACUCAAGCAUCUGCAACUACCCUGCAGCCUGGGGAAAAACCACAUCUCCAAGGCCAGCGUGUUGCCAGUGGAUCCCUCCUGCUUACUGACCCCUCCCAAUACGCCUCUGAACUUUGACCCUGGAUGCCCAGAAUCCCCUCAGAGCACCAGCUGUGGGAAAGUCAUCCAGGACCCCAGGAAGGAUGGACUCAAUGGCACCAAAGCCACCACCCCUGAAGGGUGUUCUCCGAUGCCCUACGACUAUCCCACGCCAGCUUCCUCCAGUCGCAGCUCCGCCACGGAUGAUUUCUGCUACGUCUUUGUGGUGGAAUUGGAAAAAGGGCCCAUCGGGUUGGGGAUGGGACUGAUUGAUGGCUUGCACACCCCUUUGAACUCUCCCGGCAUCUACAUCAGGACCCUCAUCCAGGGCAGUCCUGCAGCCUCAGAUGGCAGACUCUCCAUAGGCGACCGCAUCCUGGCUGUUAACGGCACCAGUCUGAUUGGAGCAGACUACCAGAGUGCAGUGGAGCUUAUCCGGUCUGGAGGGAAGAAGCUGCGGUUUCUGGUUGCCAAGUCUGACAUGGAAAUAGCCAAGAAAAUCAGCUCCAGCUCACCAUCGUCCUCUUAACGCUCACGUUGCAAGGGCCUGGCCGUAGCCCCCUACAAACGAAGCUGCCGUCAAGGCCAACUACACAAAAGCUGGUGGGAUGGGCAGAGACUGUACGUGGAACACGGAGGAUCCAGUGUGAAAUUGCACCAUUCCAGGACUAAAGACCUGUUCUCAAUUUGCUUUUCAGGCUGUUGGGUAUCUCUGUUCUGCUCUGCCAGGGUCCAGGGAGGACACUGCUGAGCGAGUGAGGGAGGGGGCUUUACAAUCCAAAUGCCCCUCCGCUCACAGGUGUAUCGCAUGGGCUCAUUUUACAGAGUUGUCCUUCCCCCUGCCAGCCUGAGCAUGGGGUUUCCAUAGCCCCCUACUUACCUGCCCACCCACACUCCUCUUUGCAGAGGACAGAUCCCAUUCCAGGCAAUGUUCUCUUCGGCUCAACCGAGCUUAGGAACAAGCUAUUCCAUUCCUCUGCACCCAGAGGGCGAGGCAGGGCUGGUGCCUGACUAGCAGUGGGGGCCCUAGCGGCUGCUGUUGCAAUUAUUGAGUUACCUAGCACUGAGACCUGGGAGAUUUUGAGCACCUAGUGAUUAACAUAACAAUUACAGUUAACCUAGGCCAGAACUGCCAGGGAACAUUUAUUACAAACCCCAAACAGCUGCUUUGCUGGAACAAACUCAGGUUCCUGGGCUGUGAAAGGUGGCAGCAGAAUGUCACCCUCUGGCCCUUCAAGCUGGAUUCCUGAGGUUCAUAGAAUCAUAGAAUAUCAGGGUUGGAAGGGACCUCAGGAGGUCAUCUAGUCCAACCCGCUGCUCAAAGCAGGACCAAUCCCCAAUUAAAUCAUCCCAGCCAGGGCUCUGUCAAGCCUGACCUUAAAAACUUCUAAGGAAGGAGAUUCCACCACCUCCCUAGGCAACGCAUUCCAGUGUUUCACCACCCUCCUAGUGAAAAAGUUUUUCCUAAUAUCCAACCUAGACCUCCCCCACUGCAACUUGAGACCAUUACUCCUUGUCCUGUCCUCUUCUACCACUGAGAAUAGUCUAGAACCAUCCUCUCUGGAACCACCUCUCAGGUAGUUGAAAGCAGCUAUCAAAUCCCCCCUCAUUCUUCUCUUCUGCAGACUAAACAAUCCCCGUUCCCUCAGCCUCUCCUCAUAAGUCAUGUGUUCCAGACCCCUAAUCAUUUUUGUUGUCCUUCGCUGGACUCUCUCCAAUUUAUCCACAUCCUUCUUGUAGUGUGGGGCCCAAAACUGGACACAGUACUCCAGAUGAGGCCUCACCAAUGCCGAAUAGAGGGGGACGAUCACGUCCCUCGAUCUGCUCGCUAUGCCCCUGCUUAUACAAGGUUGGGGGUGCCUGAAGUACUAACAAAUAACAGAACAACUGGGGUGCAGGAAAUGACUUUUACAGGGACAGGCUUUAGCAGCAUAAGCUGAUGCAAUGGGCUGUCAUGGUGGAACGGAUGCGAGCGUUACAUUCACUUCCUCCAGGGCCUGGCAGUCAGUUCACCCUGCCCUGGUGUCGUGCCUUGCUGCUGGAAGGCUAGGACCACCCCCUCUGGGCCCUGCGCUGGGGCUGGAAAGGUCCUUCUCCUUUCCUCAUCACCCCCGCGUGGGCUGCUCCCCGGCUCUAGCAUGGGCCCUGCUGCACAGGGGAAUCUAGUUUUAAACCUUCUCUAAAGCUGGCCCUUCAACAGCUUCCAGUGACGUUGGCCUGGGGAGAGGCCUGUGAAGCCCACACUUGAAAGCGAAGCCCCCAGCCAAGGUGAACUAAUAUGACCUCUUGCUUUGGUAAAGUACUCACAGGGGAACAACCUGCGCUGACAGUUUCACAAAAUGGAGACAUGGCUGCAACCCAGGCAGAGUGGCUGCUCUUACGUGUUCUCGUUGGCUGCAUGGGUGAUGCCUUAUCCGCUGCAGGGGCAAGCCCAGGCUCUUAGAAGGACACAGCUGGGGCAGUAAUCUUUUUUACUGGACCAACUACCGUUGGUGAGAGAGAAAGAGACAAGUUUUUGAGCUACACAGAGCUCUGCUUGAGGUCUGGGAGGGGCACUGUUAACUCCAAGAUUGAACAGACAGUUUAGCAUAAGUAUUUGCCUCAUAUUCUAACCAUUCAAGGUGAAGGGGCCUGUUAACACCCCUGUAGUCAUAUAGGACCAAAAAAAGGGGGUGGGAGGGGGGUUAUGGAAUAAGCCAUAAAUCCUUAGCAGGCAGCCUGCAGCUCAUUAGUAAGUGAAGAAGUCAAACCUCCCCCACAUAGAUCUAGGGGCAUACUUUUGAAGGCAUGGCUACUUUUGCAGCCGGACUUGACUAAGUGCAAAUGGCAGCAGUUAGAUGGCAAGUAGCCAGGUUGCAGGCCCCAGCAGGUAUGUAGCUCUGUGGAUACCACAGUGUGGAUACCAAAUCAGGGGUAGUUUUAAAAAGUGUAGCCACUGCUGAAACAUACAGGCAGAGCUGGGGAGUUGCUCCAUGGACCUGAGUCUGUCUCCCAUGCACCAUCCCAUCUUCUGCAUACCUCAGCUGCUCAGCAGUGCCUGCUAUGGCCAUGCUGAUGAUGUUAAACAAUGCCUGGCCUUGAAACAGACAUUCCCCCUUUUUGGGAAGUCAGUCACAGCUUUAACAGCUUAUUCCUAAGAGUGCACACACAUCACUCAGCUCUCUCCUGCCAACAGGGUGCCUGCUCUACCAAGGGGGGAACUGUUUUAAGUGUAAGUAUAUUCUUCUGGGCUAGUGCAGAUGAGCUGUGUGUGGGGUUUAGCAAGCGCAGAGGGAGAAAACCCUCCGCUCUUACUCCUGCACUUUGAAGUCAGUGGAAAAACCUCAGACUAAUCACUGUAAGGUGGAAGUGCAGCAUUAGCCCACCCACCACACCGCAGGGUUCUGUGCAGCCUCAUGGACAAGGCAUCUAAACCCACAUUGCAAGCUCUCCAGGCUGACAGAAAUAACCAUUCAAGGCUAGUGCCUGGCUUCUGUGCUGUGGCAUUCUCUUGCACAGCAGCGACUGGAGAUACCCUUUAAUUGUAACAGAAGCAGGUAACCACAUGAAGGCAGCUCAAGGCUGUGGCUGCCUUAUUAACAGUCAAAAGAACAGUGAACAUUAGCUUGACCUUCCUCCAUUGAGCCCUGGGAUCCCCCCACCCAUCCACUCCAUGCCCCUGCCAGCUGAGGGCUUCAGAGACAGGCACAAGAACGGCCCUUGAGCCUCCAGGAGAUCAUGGUAUAUCCCCCCUACAGCCACACUUGUCCCAGCCCAGGGAGCAAGAGCCUGAGUUUGCAGCAUGACAAAGCAGGGCCAGCUAUGGCUUGAUUCAGCAGUAUCAAAGCAAGCCAAACAUACUGCUCUCCAGCUUUGCAGCCCCCCUCCCCCCCAACCCAUAAGGAGAAUAGCAUAAUUCACCCCACAGGAGAAGUGACCAGCCUCCAUAACUGGAUGGGAAGCACCAAGCAAUCGUCCCUCAAUUGUCUUUCACUAAUAUUAUAGUUAGCGCUAAAUAUUCCUAUUGCCUGAGUGCGAAGUCAGAGGGCACAUGCUCUCUGCCAGCAGCAGAAAGGGGCAUGACCACUCCCCUCUCUUGUUAAUACUGUACAUCUCUACAAUGUAUAUAGUUCUAGAGCAGACACGGAACAAAGACCAGGGCCCAUCUGUGACAGGGCUGCUAUGUUCAAGGAGUUGUUCGCGGUGUGAAAAAUAAACUGGAUACAAUAAAACCUC